AUGACCCCGAGGGAGCAGCUGAGAAAGAUGUCAGCGAUGGGGGAGCAGGGGGCUCUGGAUGAGAAACACUGGUAUCGCCUGGUCAACGGCAUGUCUGCUGGAGAGCUACGUCAGCGGCAGGAGAUGAUGAUGAGGAACCAGAUGACCAUGACUCCUCAGAUCCUGGCCCAGGGACAGCAGAGGCUACAGGGGGUGCCCACCCAGUUUGAGCCCCGCUUCAUGGAAAGAGAGCUAGCUCCUCCCUCUGAGAUGGUAUCUUCUGAGGUCAGGCAGAUGCACAUGGGGGGACACCUCGGUCCGCCCAUGCCCCCACACCCUGGUAUACCUGGCAGGGGCUUUCCUGGAGCUGGCUAUAGCUUCAUGCCCUCAGAGCCCAUGGAAACAGUUGCCCGGCGACAGGAGCUCAUCCACAAGCAGAACAUCGCCAGGAUGGAGAUGAAUGCCAUCCUCCACCAGAAGGAGAUGGAGAACGCGCAUCAGAAGGGUCUGAUGGGCAUGGAGGCGCCCAUGAUGUACCAGUCCAACGCCAUGGCGUUCCGAGGGCGCCAGCGCCUCCCAGACGGCCACGAUGUCUUCGUCCACCGCACCACCCUGGAGGAAAUGCAGGCCAACAGCCUCCUGAUGUCCUCCAGCCCCUAUCCACCAAUCAGCACGCUGCAGAGGGAGAAGAGCCGCAGGGCCGGUCGCAGAGCAACUAAUCACAAGAGCGCAGAGAGCCACCCAAAGGGCCAAUCGGAGGACAAGAGCGUGGAGCAGAGUCCCGGCGGUGCCUCGGGAGAGGAGAAAGAGGCGGAGGGGAAAAUGGACAUGGGAGGGGAGGCGGCCAGCAAACAACAUCAAACCAAAAUGGAUGCACAGCUCUCGGCUGGCAGCAGGAAGAGCUACAAGGAGGAGGAGCAGGGCCUGCGCAAGGCCUGCAUAAACAGUCAAGAUGGCUGCCCUGACGUUACCAACUGCAACAGUGGGGCCAGUGACAAAGACAUGCCUGGCCAAUGCUCUGCGUUCCAGUAUCCCUCCGCCAGUGGACCUAUCCCAGGCAUGCCUUACAUGUUCCCUCAUGGUGGGUCUACUUUCUACAGUCUUAUUUUGAUCAAAACACUCAGGGGGCACCCCAAUCUCUUUCUCAACGGAGAAGAUAUGUCCUCUAUCCAAGACCUUAGGAAGUGGACAGUGGACGACGUGUACAACUUCAUCAACAACAUACCCAGCUGCUCUGAAUAUGCUCAGACGUUCAAGGACCACGUGAUAGAUGGGGAAACGUUGCCGCUCCUGACAGAAGACCAUCUACUGGACACCAUGGGACUGAAGCUGGGUCCUGCACUCAAGAUACGAUCACAGGUGUCUCGACGGCUAGGCAGCAUGUUUUAUAUGAUGAACCUCCCGCUCGCCGCUGCCGCCGCCGCCGCUCUGCAGGCCGCCCCUGAGAAGGCAGGAGGAGGCCGAUCGUCAGAGAUCAGCUCCCCUGUUAACUGUAACAGUGUGGAGAUGAUGGGCAGCCCGUGCACCAGAGACCCAGAGGGCCUGAAACCAACCGACUCCCUCCCAGAGACUGACAACCCCUCUCCCCCUUCGGCCAGCAGUGGAACUGUCUGAGG